UCCCAAACUUCCAACUGUGAAUUCCGCAUUUAUUAGUCCCUAUCCCCGUGACCGAGCCCCAUAAUCGCUUGUCAAAUGGCCACGAACCAGCACGACCUCGAGCGGAUUCGCCAGCAGAUCGUGUUGGCCAACAUUCAGGAGCUGAUAAAGAAGAUGACACGUCGCUGCUUCGACGUAUGUAUCGCUAUGCCGGAAAUGGAGUUGCGCUCCACGGAGCGCGACUGCCUGGCCAACUGUAUGGAUCGAUUCAUGGACUCGGUUCAGGUGGUGUCGAGCCAGUACUUCCGUCGCCGGCGUCGCCAUCAGCAAAUUCGUUUGUCCCGUUCGACCGCCUCCUCCGCAUCACCACCAGCAUCCGCAUCCGCAUCCAUGCCCAAAUCCGCAGCAGCAAAUGAAUCUGAAUCCGCAUCUAGGGCCUCCAAUGACGAAAAGGUCAAAUAAUGGUUAAGUCUAGACAGAUAGCCACGUGUGGAGUUUAUUCCAAGUCGAAAACGAAGGCUGUUCCGUCGUAGCCCCAGAUCCCCAGUGUACUUGGGUGAUGGCCACUUGUCCACAUUGGUCAUCAUCCCAAAGCUUUCGAGGAUGAUUUCAUACUUCGAGACCUUUGGGAAGGGCAAGAAGGGGUCGUCUAGCUGGAAAUGAAAGUGGAUUUUCUGCAGGCGUGGCCAUCGAUGAUUUCUUGCUAUUGGUUCUUAACAAAAUCCUAGUAGAGUCUUAAGUAAAUGACGAUUGGCAGAAAAUAAAGAUGUCGUUCAGUGU